AACCAUUUUUUUCUGCUGCGGCCCCUUUAAAUACAAUCUCCCGCGUUCCAAGUUAAGCGGAAAUAGAAGCCGUCUUUUCUCUAUUUAAGCGCGCCAACAAAGACUGUCACAGGAGGGCUGUCUGUGCUUCAUUCACCGCACACCACCAUUGUCUUAUCUCCUUUCACCGUCGUCGUUAUUUACAUCCCGUAAAGAAUGCCAGAGGAAACGUCCGCCGCGUCGAGCUCUGCGAGGUAAGAUUCGUUUGUUGUGUCGGCUCACCGUGCUCUGUGGAAACACGCCUAGCUAGCAUGUGGCUAACGCAAGAUAAGGUAACUCAUAAAGAGAAACGACAUUUUGUGAGUGGGGGGACACUGUGAAAAGUACAUAUUGAUUUGGCAGACUUUUGACCAAAUUCAGAGUUGAAGCUUUUAAUGUCUUUGUUAGAGACAGACACAUCACUAACACGAAGGCUAGCCAAGCUAAUAACCCGUAAAUGCUAACAGCGGUGAAGCGACGCCAAAAUCUAAGAGCGUGUCAGUCCGGGUUUGUAGGGAAGUGUGCUGUGUUAAAUGAGGUCAGGUCUCAAUGUGAAGGCAUUGACUGAACUUUGGUUCAACUCUCUGCAGCUUGGAGGAGAAGCCGUGCUCUUCAUCGUCUUCAUCUUCAUCAUCAGCUGCUGCAGCAGACAGGUGAGUGUCUGAAAACCGCAGCAUCUGCUCGCAUUGUUUCUCAGCUCUGACCCACUAAAAGCUUGUGUGGUUUUUUUUUCUGAUUUUUUUUCUGUUCCCUCUCUGCAGCUCCGUCGACGUCAUGGAGGAGGCGAAGAAGCUGAUUGGCACAGGAAACAGGCAUCUGGUCAUGGGAGAUGUUGUUUCUGCUGUCGGUGUGUUUCAGGACGCCUGCAGUAUGCUGUGAGUAUCUACAGGGAGAGAGCUAUGACACAGAAAAGAGACAUAUUUAUUAAUAUAUCCUACUGAGAGGAGGGUUUUUAUGAUGCAUACUGAAAUAACUUCACAAGAGUUAAAGGGAUAUUCCAGCGUAAAAUUAAUUUGGGGUCAAACACACUGUAACACCAAGUUAGACACCCCCUCAAGAGAUAAUCGUUGCUGACUGCUUGCUUCUCUAGUUAUACCAACUCUGACAACUGCAGGAUAGCAAUACAGAGAGCCACAUGCUCAAACCAAAAGCCACUCUAUAGCCACAAAUAAUACUCAGAACAGCACCUAACUUCAUCAACAGUACAUAUAGGGUCCUAGCCAUAGUACUAGCCACCAAACAUCUUUUUAACUUUGCCUCAUUUCUUUAGCAAAGAGACUAAACACAACUCACCUACUCUCUUCCAGCAGCAGCUUGUUUGUAGUGAGACCUCAGGCCAGUCUGUUACGGACUACAGCGGGGUGAUGCAGCUCGAGGAAGAACAUUUAUGAUUAUUUCUACAUCAUUUCCAUGAAUUAAUAAUCACCAUAUUAAUCAUUUUGCACUGCAGACGCGGUAGUUCUUCUGCCUUAACGUCUCGGUCUGAUUGUAUUUCCGUAAAGUAAUAAUCAUAAAUGUUCUUCCUUGAACCCCGCUGCAGUCCGUAACGGACUGUCCUGAGGUGUCACUACCAACCUGUGGCUGCUGGAAGAGAGUAGGUGAGUAGAGAGUAGGUAAAUUUGUAUCCUGUGCUGCGCAGACAUGAGUCAAAUGUUGAAAUAACUUUCUCUCUUGAUCAGUUUAACACUUGUGAUGUCUGUCUUUCAGGGCUGGGAAGUACGGUGACACUGCAGAUGAGUGUGGUGAGGCGUUCUUCCUCUGUGGGAAGUCCCUCCUGGAGCUUGCCAGGUCGGUAAACAUCCUGUAGACUUGUUUUUAACUUUGUAAUUAGUGGUGUCAUUUACCCUAAUACAAACUUUACCUCUACGGUACAUGCUCAGACUUUGGUAGUAAGUUCUUGUACGUACUUUCCAAAGGUAAAUCUGGUUUAGUAAAGUUGAUUCAGACUGAAAAUUCAGGCUUGAUCUUGCUUUCCUUCUGAUCAUGUUGUAGUCAUACUUAAGUUUGCUCUUAAUGCCCUGGCAGUAAACCUUUUUUUUUUUUUUCUGGUGUGUUUCAUUAAGGAUGGAGAAUAGUGUCCUUGGUAACGCCCUAGAGGGAGUCCCAGAGGAGUCUGAGGAAGAGGAGCAGCCCAAAGACUCGAACAUUGAGAGUGCCAACAACCUGGAUGGUGAGUGUCGAACACAAAUCUUUUACAAGUUGCUGCCUCACAAAAUUUGAGCAAGAACUUUGUCCCUAAAAGAAAAAAAAAUCAUGGGUCAUUUUUAAAAGUGUCAAAAGAAACUAAAACUGGUGAGAGGUCAAUACAAGACUUUAAACUAAACUUUGAGGUCCAAAGCCAAACAAGAAUUUUAUUUCAUUGCUUAUAUUUGUUCAUUUGAACAAACAGCAGUGGAGCAAAAUUCAGUUUGCAGCCGUCCAGUAGAUUUUUGCGCUGAGCUCUGUCUGUAUUUGAACAGAGCAAAGGUUCAAACAUUUCCUAAACUACACUGUGAGAGUCCUUUUCUUUAAAAUGCCACUCUGGUGUAGAAAAAACUAGAGAUGAGCUCCGGAAGCAAGUGUAUGAUGCCAUGGCAGAGGAGGAAAAGACUGAAGCUGCUGAAACCAAAGUGGAGUCUGAAGACGGAAAGGGCAGCGCUGAAGUGAAGAAGGAAAACGGGGAGGCCAAGUCCCCCAUUAAAAAUGGAGUAAAUGGCUCAGAGGGACCGUCAAUUUCCCUCGAGGAGAGGUCAGCCCCGGAAACGAAGGUGAAUGGAGUUGAGAAAAGCCCGGCCGCCCAUGUGAACGGUACAGAGGAGCUAAAUGGAAAAGACGAGGACGCCAAGAAGAAUGGAGAUCACAACGAGGAGGAAGCAGAGGGCAGUAGAUGAUUCGAUUCAGAGCACUUUUAUUGGAGAGGGGAGCACCAAUGGAUUUGUCUUUCUUUAGAACAGGCCACAUUUAUAGGUGUCACUAAAGGUGGAGGGGAAGUCACUGGAGCAGGUGUAAACAGAGCCUUAAGGUGUUCAUUUUACACAUAUUACCUCACUAACUAAAAACAGUACUGUCUAACAAUCUACUGAUGCUUCAACAGAUGAUGACGACGACGAUGAUGAUGAGGACGAUGAUGAGGAUGGAGAGCCUAACGGACAGGAAAAGGUGAGUUCUGACCAAUGGGACUCUCUUUGACUGGACUGUAAACAUCAUUUUCUGACAUGUUUUGGUUUCUGUCUUUCAGGAGGAGGAUGAAGUCGGUAAUCUGCAGCUCGCCUGGGAAAUGCUGGAGGUGGCUAAAGUCAUCUACAAGAGGUGAGGACUCUAAAACUAACAAGGAAAUCCACUCCAGCCCGCUGACAGUUGAAGAACCAGACGAGAGCGGAUCAUUCAGGGAGCAAAACCAGUCUGGAUGACAUUGGUUUCCUCUUUUUGUCCCAACAGAAAAGAAAGCAAAGAGGACCAGCUGAUGGCAGCACAGACGUAUCUGAAACUUGGAGAAGUCAGUGCUGAGUCAGGUAGGUUUCAUGCAACAGAUUGUUGAAUAUGUGUGAUUUUUAAAUCACUCUUGUAAAUUUGUGGUUUUCAACUCUUGAGCUCGACACCUUUUUGUGCAGUUAAAAAAAAAAAAGAAUUUCUGAAAUUCAGUGGAGUUUCAGUUGUGAACUUGUUCCACAAUUAAUCUCCCCACUGACUAUAAAAUCUCUGGUUCAUAAAUGGUCAUAAUAAAUUCCUUGUCUAACCUAGACCUCAGAGUUUACUGUGACUAUGCAACACAUCCUUGUACUUUGGGGGUGGGUAGCAUGCUGGUCACAGUACUUUCACCAUGUGCCAUGUUGUAGACUUUUAACAUCGCAGGUAAACACGGGUUUAAACGGGCAAAUUGUUUUUAGGUUUUUAGUGCACACACAGCCAAGAUUAAUUUCUCUUGGCACUGAUGCAGCCAUAAGAAAUGGGUGCUCUAGAGAGAUUUUUAGUUAUUUUGAAGAGCAGCAACAGUGUAAAUCAGAGUGACAUUUACCAAAUUGUGUCAAAGCAGGUGUUUGUGGUUGUAAAAAAAAAUGUGAUUGUGGCACAGUGAUCAGAUACACAUGUGCUCUCAUCUUUUUAAAGUUCAAUGUUGGCAAGUCUGCAGGGACCAUAAGCAAGUAUGAAAGUAAUUUGAUCAUUUCCCGGUCUUUAAGUUUGGUAAAUGAAUAAGAGUGUGUAAAAAUAUGUUUCCAGACUAUUACCACAGUAACAAAAGACUGUUUUAUAAAAUAGAAAAGUAGGUAUUUCAAAAAAUAAUUCUAAAAAGUAGGGUAUGGAAAUUCCAACUGUGUAGAAACCCUCAGUCUGGGAUUUACAUCUGUCAUGUUUACCUGCUUGGAAGUGGAUUUUAACUUGUGACUCGGAUAGUGACUGUGCAGCAACUGUAACUCUGACAUCUUUCCUAAUUGUGGUUCAGCUAAUUUGAUGAUGAGCACAGAGAAGCUGCAGAGAAAUAAAUAUUCAGAUUCAGUCUUGGUGUGAACUGCACACAUGUUGUGGCUUAUAUCAUCCUACUCUGCUCUCAGGCACAGACGAGCAUCAGUUUUUGUGUAACCAUUACUAGACAGAACAAAAAUACAUUUAUUAGUUCAAACUGCAAACUCUCACUUUGAAUUUAAGAAACCAGAACCAACAAAUGACAUUUUUACAUGAGAAAUGACUUUGGAGUCGUUUGUGAUUCUUAAAUAAUUGAAGCUCUUCAUUGCCUAUUAUUCACCACUUAAGUAUCAAUGUGCCGUUACUGUCUCUUUUUAAAAGAAAGGCUAAUUAAUCUGACAUUUCCUCUGUCCCCUCCGUUAGGUAACUACCCCCAAGCACUCGAAGACUUCCAGGAGUGUCUCACCCUGCAGCUGAAGCACUUACCCCCCCACAGUCGUCUGCUGGCUGAGACCCACUACCACGUCGCCACCACGCUGUGCUACAUGGAUCAGUACAGCCAGGCCAUCCAGCACUACAACAGCUCCAUCAAAGUCAUCGAGACACGUCUGGGUAAGAGUGCGCUCAGUGAUAUUUUAAUUUCGUCUAAGCGAAACACUGCAGAAGUUUUGUAGAGUUUAUCGUCUUUACCAUGAGCUUCAUGUCGUGUCCCUGUCCGUGCUUAGCUAUGUUGCAGGAGGUGAUAGCUGCAGCUGAGGGAGCAGACGCGGCAGCAGAGGAAAAGAGAGAGAUGGAGGAGCUGAAGCAGCUUCUGCCCGACAUCAGGGAAAAGGUCGAGGACGCCAAGGAGAGCCAGAGAACAGGCAGUGCUGCGUCUCAGGCCAUCCAGCAGACACUAGUGGGUACACGGGGACCACAGGGAACAGUCUACAGCUGUGUUGGAGCAUUUGUUUCUUUCUUAGCUUAGUGAGGUCUGAAAAGGUAGCUUUAGAUUUUGGAUAACUGACUGACUUGUUGCAGGGCGGAGCUUCGACCUCAUCAGCAUUCAUGUGUGAAAACGGGGGCGCUUCAUCAUCAUCAUCCUCAGCGUUUCCAGCACCCAGUCAGGUAUGGACACUGUCAGACUGCAGACCUCAAACUAGAGAUGCACCGAUCCAUUUUUUCCUGAUCCAAUCUGAUACGAUACCUGGUUUGAGCAUAUCGGCCGAUAUCAGAUACCAAUCGAAUACUACUGUUGAAUGAAUGAACUGUAUACCUUGCCCUGUAAGUGAAGGCAUCAGGCUUGACAUUAGCCUUGUUAAAAAAAGGUAACAAAUAAACGGAUAUAUAUACUCAAUAUUAUUUAUUAACAAAUUGCACAUUAGCACACCAUAAAAAGAAGAAAAAUUAAAGGAAAAAUAAAGUCUGGAUCGGCAUCAUUCAUUCGCUAUCCAAUCCAGUUAAUUUGUCAAUAUCUUAUCCAAAUAUUGGAUCGGUGCAUCCCUACCUCAAACUGACUUAAAGGUUUUCCUUCAGACAAUUUCUGUGCAAAUAAGGUGAAAACUUAUUUUUCAGAUCCCUGUCAAAUCUGAGAGCGCCUCGUCUUCCAAAGCAGCGUCAGACAUCUCCCACCUGGUCAGGAAAAAGGUGAGAUUAAAUAAUCCUGUUUUUUUUAAAGUGUGGCGAUUUAUGCUGCUUUUUUUCCUCCUCCUUCGCAGUUUUGACUUCAUGAUGUAGAUGCGAUCAUCUCUGUGAAAGUGGCUGUGAUCUGCUUUUAUUUUGAAGGGCUUGUGUGUUUGCCUGCUUUGGUUGUCGGGAUGAUGUGCUGUCCUUGUAGCUUUAGUUGCCUUGCUGUAGUUGUGGUGUUGGUGUUUGUGUCGUGGUGCAGCCUGAUGCUCUCGAUUUUAUAGCUGAUUUUGUGCAUGAAUUAAGUGUGCGGCUUUAAUCUAACGAGUAGUGUCGGAUACGGUUUCAGUUCCCUUUUUUUCAUUUUUUCUAAAUGUCAACCUUUUCUUUUAAAGGUUGUUUCCAUGCAGGACUGUAUUGAAUGCAGUCUCCUCUUUCUCCCUCCCUUUGUCCUGGUUUUAUGUUUCCACAGAGGAAAACAGAGGAGGAGAGCCCAGUAAAGGACACUGACGCUAAACAAGCAAAACAGGAAGCCACAGUUAAUGGCAGCGGUGACUCUAGUGCCAGCAACGGCAAUGGAGUCCAGGAAGGAAAAUCACAGGAGGCGAGUGAUAGGUUUAUGUGUUACGUACUGUUUGGAGGACGGCGCUCUUCAGAUUGUGGAGAAUGUAGACGGAGCGAGAGGAUGGCGGAUUGUCAUUUGGGCUAUUUGUUAGCCAAUAUGUUGAUAAAAUUUUAUGCAUGAACUAUGUCAUGCACGGUGUCUGGAUCCUUUAUUUUGGUGAGCAGCAAAGACAAGAGUUCAGCUUUAAGAUGAGAGUUCAACUGGCUGCACAGGAGCAAAUCUGUUCAUUUGUCAAGUACUUCUGGCUUGAAAGUAAUCUGCAUGACGUUCCUACUGUUUUUAAAUGAUGACAAAAAUGUUAAUGUAAAUGCCUUGCUGUUAAUUUAAUAUGAUCUCUUUUCUUUUCGUCCCUUGUAGCCCACCAACCAGUCAUCCUCCGUCAAGUCUUCAGCGUGACUUUCUUAAACUCUUUUCUGAUCAUGGAAACCAGCACAGCAUGCCUGUCCAGCCCCUCGCCACCUUUACGACACUUUUGUUUCUGUAAAUAAGAUCCAUUUUCAUAGAUUUGUCUGUCCAGUUUUGUAUACUUGUAGUAAAAAUGAAUAAAAAAUUUGCAGAUGUAA